CAACUUGAUCUUGCAUCUCGAAAUCAGAUACAAUGCUGAUCCAAGAAACCCACAAAGAUGUACCUACCCAGGCGGGUGGGGAUAUGAGAAUCUUCAUCUUCAGCCCAACUCUUGCAAACUACCCUAAGGCAAAGUUUCCGGGCGUUGUUGUGUUUAGUGAGAUUUACCAAGUCACCGGACCCGUAGCCCGCUUCGCUCGACAAAUAGCGUCGCAGGGAUACAUCGUCGCGGCUCCAUCGUCGUAUCACGAGUUCACUGGACCGGAGGCACUUGCGUAUGAUGGACCCGGAACCGACAAAGGCAAUGAGUGGAAGAUAGCGAAGAAAGUCAAAGCUUAUGAUGAAGAUGCGAGAUUGGCGGUUGACCUCUUGCUUGAGCUACCAACAUGCAAUGGACGAGUGGGCGCUACAGGCAUGUGCCUCGGUGGCCAUUUGGCCUACCGAUGUGCUCUUGAUCCCCGCGUUGUCUCUGCGAUCUGCUACUUUGCCACGGACAUCCACAGUAAAUCCCUUGGAGCCGGCAAGAACGAUGAUUCUCUUGCUCGCGCUAGGGACAUCAAGGGUGAAUUAGUCAUGAUCUUCGGCAAGAUGGACAACCACGUACCGCCUCAGGGGCGUGACUUGAUUCGCAAGACAUUGCACGAGGCGGGUGUUACGUUCUCGUUCUAUGAACCGGCUUGGGCACAACAUGCGUUCAUUCGCGACGAGCUCAGCAAAGGACGGUAUGACGCGGCGCUUACUGGCAUAUGCUUUGAGAUGCUGAAAGAGUUGUUCAACCGCACGCUACGGUCAGACUUGGGACCACGAUCUGGAGGCGACAUCGAGAUUGAGGAUGUGUGCUAGUAGGGAAAUGACUGUUUAAAAACCGGAAGGCGCUGGACACAAAUCUGCGGUGCACUCACGUUUCAGCUGGUGGAUAUUGCUAGUCUCGGUUAACUAGUUCCCCUUUUCACCUAAGGAACAAAAUAGUGAAGAUGACUUAUAUUCCAGCCUCUUCGAACUUGCACUGUUAUCUUCCGGCUUCAGCGCCAUCCGAAUUACGCCGAGCGCGGCCGUUCGCUACACAUUACCGAAUACGCUUGUCAGCCGUUCUUGACCGGAAAUCUUGACCGGAGACCUGAACCUUAACCAGCGAGGAGGGGUCAACGCGAAUCUAGACCACUUUAUGGGGUGACAAGGCUGAAGCUGAUGUGCAUUAUUUAUAGAACCUGUUUUGCUCGACAGACGCCUCAAAGUUCAAUGCUGACAUAUUAACGUCUUUAAGCGGUUUGACCGCAGUUAUCUCAAACGGAACUCCAGCUGUAUUAAUACUACCUCACUAUAC